UAACGUUUUUACUUUAAAAGUGUGUUUAAUAUGUAUAUAAUAUACUUUCAUGUAUAGAUCUGAAUGAAAAUAGUUUGACCGUAGUUGCUGAAGUACAUGUUUAGAAAGAAUUGCACUUAAAAUUUGCCGUCUUUCGAGACUACUACUAGUAUAUACGUGACGAUUUCAACCAACUAACAAUCAUAGCCUUAUUAUUUGAUAGAAGUAAAAUUAAAUAAUCUUUGAAGUGAUCUAUAUGAACCCUCGAUUACACUUUCAGAUAAUAUUGAACUUAAUAGCGUUAGCUUUCAAUCUAUUUCGAGCAGUCCUGUGAAUAUUGAGUUGAAUUAACAAUGUCAACAAUUGAGGAACGUACAGCAUAUGAAAAGAAUCCAUAUUUUACUGGACAUAUCUAUGGAAAUUUCUCCCCUUUUUAUGUGACGAUUGCUGUCUGUACUGUCGUACUUGGUUCUAUUAUUAUUUUAAAUAUAAUAUUAGGAUGUUGCUCGAAACAUCGUAAAUAUUGGCAGGAUAGGCACACAGGUAAUCGAUGGUUGGUUUCUAUUUGGUCAGCUACACCUCAUUUGCAGCCACCCUUGGAUUUCACAGAACUAAAAGACGCAUCAUAUUUUGAACGAUUUUACCCGAAAACGCAUAUCUUUCGCGAAGAUAUCGAAGCAGCGGAAUUGCCUGUUCAACAGCAGAUACAUACAGAACCACCUUCUCAUCAGUUACAACAACAAAGACCACAACGUCCUGAAGGCCGUACAUUACAUCAACAGCGACAACGUGAAGAAUACGUUGAAUUGCAAAAGCGUGAAAGCGAUAUCUAAACCAACCAACAGCAAUAAUAUGGCUUUCAUUUUGUUUUAUCCAGCCGUAGCAGCUCUUGCUCUCUUUAUUAUGGGUGUUGUAAUUUUAAUAUUGCGAUUUGGGCCACGCCUUUGUGGUUUACGACAUCACGCACUUCCCGAUAAUCAUGAAUGGGAUGAAAAAAGUUAUGAGCACGAGAUUAGUUAUGCCUAAACCGCAAUAAUUUUUAUCUGAAUUGUUUAUAUCGAAUCCUACAUUCUAUCAAAUAACCAUAAUUCUAAAACCGUAAACAAUAAUUAAGGCGACACCCAUAUUGAGACAUAGUACAAACUUUGUAUAGCCGCAAACUCAAAUCAAUCUCUAAAUCAUUUUACAAGUGCCUUGGUCAAUCAACAUUUAUUCGAAUAUACAAUAAAUUUAUAAUGUAAUCAUAAGAUAUAGACUUUUUAAACCAUUCCGUCCAAAAGGGUAUUUUUAAAAUCAGAGCACAAUUUACAAUGCUCUAGUAAUUCUUUAAUUUUAAGAUGUAAGACAAUUUAUCAAUUUUUUAACGCCAUUUAUGUAAGCAUGUGCUGCACAAAGAAACAUAUUUCCAAUAAAGACAAUUAAAAACGUAAAUACGUAAUAAGA